UCUAACGGUCAUUUCUGUACAAUAAUUAUUUAUUCAGUCUUUGAAUUCGCGUCGCCGGAAAAUCCUUCCGACGCCGUUAAUAGGAUCGGGGAUGAUGGAGAAAGGGGGGAGGAGAAGGGGGAAGCGGAAGGAGGAUGAGGUGGUCGUUGAAGAUAAAGGCGAUUUGAAGAAGACGAAGAGAAGUCCGUUGCAGGAUCUAAACGGAAAAUCGAUAAGUAAAAUCCACCGGAAAAAUAGCUCGAAUCCAUCUUCUUCCACUUCGAUUUCUUCGGUCGGAGCUUCCAGAGGUAGUUCGAGGCUUUUCCCCUCUUCAAUUUCGUGUUCUUCUUCUUCCUCUGCGAGAACCCUAAUCGAUAAGAAGCCUAGGGAUUCUUCAAAAUUGGGGAGGAAUUCGUCCAAAAUUUCAACCAGAUCUGAGGAAAACGAACAGUUGUUGCAGAAAUCAAAGGCACAAUGUUGGAGAAAUCCUACGAAAUCAAUAGGUAACAAUAGAUCGAAGCCUCCGUCGAGAGUCAUAAAUCCCUGGCACAAUUUGAAGAAAGCGCCUCGAGAGCUUCAGGUGAAUACGAGCAAUUCCACCGCGGCAACGGCGGAGGAUUCUACUCCGGCGGGUAAAGUGAAUUCCGAUGGUCACAAUCAUGUCAGAGAAACUGUAAAUCCUGAAAAGGCUGCUUCUAUUGGUACCAACAGUGGCAGUGAUGCGAAGACACCUCCAGUCGAGGCUUCUGUGUCGCCGGAGAUCCAGCGCCACACUAAUUCAAAGAUGUUGAUCAUGAAUUCUGCCAUGGCGGCGACGCCCACCCCUGUUUGCUACGGUGCAGGUCAUCUUAUUUCAGGAGUUACCGACAACAGAAAGUGCAGGCGGAGAGGGAGCCUAAGGGGAGGUUCUGAAAGAGCCAAUCUCUUCGCUGCCGAAACUGAUCCUUCUUUGGAUUCUGCGAUUCUCUUGCCCGCCGAGGCUUCGGUUCGGUGGCUGUUGUCACCCUGCCACGAGGGGCGUGAGGAUCAUACAAACGAAAGGUUAGGACAAUGUAAGACGAUUAAUAAUGAUGAUGAUCUGAACACACCUGAUUUAUUGUCUUCGCCAUCGUUGUUAUGUGGAAAUAUAUCUGAUUUGUUGUCCGGCGAUAGUUGUUGUAUCGAUGAAAAAAUUAGGGAUAAGUACAUUGUAGACUCUGUUAAGGAGGAGACGAUUGAGUUGAAGGGAUUGUCUGGGGACGAUUCUUUGUUAGCUUCGACUCCUGGUGAUCUUAUCGGGGGUAUUUCGGUUGAUUUAUUGGGCAGUGGUAAUAUGAUUCAGACACCGACGUCAGAAUCAAGUUUGGAUAGUUGCUUAGAGAGGUCGAGGUUUAAGCCACACUGCAGCAAAAAUACUAUUAGUCCCGAGCUCGAUUCAAUAGCCGAAGCUCUAAGAAGGGUUGAUCUGUCAUGUGGAGUUCCUGAUUGGGAAUCCGAUCCUGCAUUUGAUGCUACUGGACUGUCUCAGAUGAAGAUAUCUUGGAGAGAUGGAUUAGUUAUCCGGGACGAAGAAAAUGAUGAAUUUGACUGCUGCUGCCUAUCAGAUGAAGAAAUCGAUACUGAUAAUAAAUCUCCCAAGGAAGCAAAAUUACUAGGAAAUGACUCGGGAAAAUCCAUUGAUACAUUUCCCAUCAUUAGCGAGUAUGAACCGUGCAUAUCUGCACGAGACAGGGGAAAGUUCCCGGCCUCUGCACCGGACACUUGCGCUGAGUCCAUAUGCACAAAUGGCGGCAGCCUUGUCGCUUCAGGCGACUCGGACUGGACGUGCUCCCUUGAUCACAACUUUUUUCGGGUGAAAUAAUUGCCGUUGCAAGGACAGGACAUAAGUAACUUAGGCGAUCCAUGGCAGAUUCAACGGCGCGCUUGUUAGUUUAUUCUACAUCUUGCAGGUAUGCGCUAGAUCGAUGAGCCAUGAUGUAAUGAAAUUUACAGCGAAAGAGGUCUUAGCAAGGAUAGAAACACACACACACACACAUACUUAUUAUAGAAACAGAGUGUGGUUUCAAGAUUCAUCUACUUUGUUGGCAUUACAGAACACCAUUUGUUCGAUUCAGAAUCUGCUAUGCAGAAUAACAACAACACUUUAUUAAUUGUGUACUUCAAUUGCAUACCAUAA